AUGAGUGAAACACACCUAUUGAAUUCAACACAUGAAAGUAAUAUUGAAUUUAAAUCACCACAUAUCAGUACAAGUUGGUCAUGUUUACCUGUAAAAUUCACUUACUGUGAUCUGGAUCAUGAAAAAGGAGAAAAAAAUGAGUUAGAUAAGAAUUUACAUCUUUCAAAUCAUUUAGCAAGUAGUGAAAUGCCAAAAUCAAUGUUGAAUCAAGUUGAAAAUAACACCAACAAUCAUCCAUUAUCCAAUUCAAUCGAUAUAGAUAAGAUGAAAAGCAGUUUGAGCAGUUCAUUUACAUCUAUACCAAAUUAUAUAUCAUCUGUAGAAUACAGUAGUGAUCAACAACGUAAUAAUGAAUCAAUCUCUGAAGGACUUACUCCGUCUACUCCUACUCCUACUACAACAAUCAGUGGUACUUAUUUACGAACCUCAAAGGCAAGUUCAUCAGCACUCAGUAAUGUUGAUGAUGUUCAAUCAAUCGGUGUACGCUCCAAUUCUUCAUGGUCAACAGUACAAAGUCAUCAAAACAUUAAAUCGACUUCAUCACCUCCUUUAUCUUCAUUAUCUAGUCAAAAUAUCUCUAAAUCAUCAAUUGGAACUCGUUCUUCAUCGAAACGUUUUGCAAAUUUUUACACUCCAAUUAUGCCCGCGAAUCAUUCAAUAACAUCACCGCGUUCACGUUUAUCACCAUUAUCAUCAUCAUCAAAGCGUUCAAGUCCAUUUAAACGACGUUAUCCACGUAAUCUAUUGCAUAUACCAUUGAAUGGUGAUUGGACUGAUGAUAUAUUUUGGACAUUGAGCAACACUACUACCAAUCCCAGUGAUAUGAACAAUAUUACUAAUACCAUUACUACAACUACUAGUAAUACUACUAAGAGUAGUAGUAACCAUAAUACUACUGCAACUUGUGUAACAUAUAAGAAAAGUCUACCUUCACGUCGUAGACAUAAACAUCGUCAGUCGUUAACUCCAUCUUAUCGAACGAAAUUGGAUCAAUUUCGACGUGCUUUUCGUGGUACACCUGUUGACACUGAUCGUCUACUUGUUGAUUAUUCGUGUGCGUUGUCUAAGAAUAAUAAUGGUCUGUUACUUCAAGGUCGAAUGUAUAUCACUGAGACAUGGGUAUGUUUCUAUUCAAAAAUCCUUUAUGAACAAAAGAUUUUUUUAUCAGUCAACGAAAUUGUCUCUAUUACUAAGGAGAAAACAGCUCGUGUCAUUCCAAAUGCAAUACAAAUUCUUUAUUCUAAAAAGAGAACUUAUUCUAUAUUGAGAAAAGUAUGGGAGAAUUGUCGUAAUCAUCAAGCAAUGAGUAUUGACGAAAUUUUACAACAAAUUCGUGAUAUGUAUGGGGAUCAUAGCUUAGCUGUUGUUGAAGAUGAAGAUACAGAUGGAGAUCCUGAUUUACCAUCAAAUACAUAUUCUCACCGGCUACGAACAUUGUCAGAUUCAUCUAUAUGUUCACAACUUACUGGUGGCACAUGUCAUUCGAAAUCAAUAUCAUUAGAAGAUGUUUGGCAGUCUGAUCAACCAAUGCAUAUUGAUCAAUCAUCAAAUGAUGAAUUAAAACCAGUUGGAUCUGAUGGUGAAAUGCUUAUGAUACAUUCGGCGCCUCAUGCUUUAUCAGAUUCAAAUCAAUUCAAUUCUAUCAAUGAAGAUGAUCAUAAACGAAAUAAAGAGAUGAAUACAAUUCGACGUUGUCUUACACCUGAAUUAAUUUAUCCUAUAACACAAUUAUCAUCAACAGUGUCUUCAACAGCAUCGUCAGCAUCAUCAUCAUCAUCAUCAUCAAGAUUAUUGAAUAUACCUGAUGAAAUUUUAUCAGAUAGUAUUCAUACUACUAAUAAUAAUAACAGUAGUAGAAGUGGGAAAGAGAAAAAGAAACGUAUACGUAAACGACGUCAUCAUCAACAUCAUCAUAGUGAUGAGAUUUCUUCUAAUACAAGAUUAGCUGAUACUUGUCAACAUAAUAUUAUGAAACCUAUAAUGAAUACUACUAUAGAUAUUACUUCAUCCACUCCAGUAUACUGUAGUCCAAGACAUGACCAUCCAGGUCGAGUAUAUAUUGAUACAGAUAUCUCUAUGAAUGUUAAUGCUUUAUUCAAUUGUAUAUUUACUGAUUCAGAAUUUUUUUCACGUUUAAAUCAAUUACGUGGUACAUUUAAUAUGAUUCAAUCAUCAUGGCCAACUAUGAAUUGGUCUAAUUCAAUUGAUGAAUCGAAUUCAAUUGAUUCAACAUUAGAUAUUGUUAAUAAAGUGGAACGAACUAUUAGUUACACUUUAACAUUGAAACAGAAACUUGGUCCAAGAACAUGCACAGCAGUUGAACAACAGACACUUCUUAUGAGUGAAUCAGAAUUCGGUAAAAGAUAUGUAAUUGAUGCAAAGGUAACAAAUCAAGCUGUUCCAUUAUGUAAUUGUUUUUGUGUAAUUAGUCGUUAUUGUCUAUUAUGUAUAAAUUCUACAACAAGUCGGUUACAUAUUUGUUCACAAGUGAUUUAUAAGAAACCAGUAUUUUUUGGAGCAAAAAAUUUUUUUAAUACACUUGUUGAACAAUUAAAAGAAUAUACAAAAGAUUUAUCAAUUGAAGAACGUUUAACAGGUGGAUGGUUAACACAGAAACGAGAUUGUAAGCCAUUAUUAUUAUCAUCAUCACCGACGACGACGACGGCGAUGAUAACAACACCACUGCCACCACCACCAACGAUCACAACAGCAACAACUUCAUCUCAAAUGAAUCAUCGUAUCCCUCGGGUAAUUAUACAAGAAAAUGUUAACUAUACACAUCAUUAUAAUAAUAAUAAUAAGAAGUCAAGUAUACCAUCAAGAUGUUCAGAGUUAAUGAAAUCGACUGCCUUCAAUAAUUAUAACAAUACUGGAGGGAUGAUAAUUAAACGUCAAAAUAAAACUGAUACCUUUGCAUCGAAUACUAAUGAUAUGACAUAUUUAUUCAUGCGUCCAGAUCGUGCUUGGCUAUUACUAGUUAUCAUAAGUUUAUUACUAUGCUUAUUUUUAUCAAUGGUAUAUAAUCGAUUAGUUGUCUUGGAGAAAUUGGCAGAACAAUUUUCACCAUCAUCUUCAACAUCAUCAUCAGACAGUCGUGAUCAGAAUCAUAUUUCUGAUUUAUUUGGAUCCAAAUCUUCAGAAGAAGAAAAUCCAUUAUUCACAUCAUCAUCAUCAUCAUCAUCAUUUACAAUACAAAAUGAUCAAGGAUCUAUACCAGUCUAUAGAAGUCAAUCAAGUAUAUCAACUGAAUGGCCAAGAACAAAAUUGAAAAUUAUGAAAGAUCUUAUACAUUUAUUAUCGAAAACAUUAACGCAGAUGCAACAAACACUGACACAAGUGCGACAAGGUAUCGAACUAUUGGAAACUCCACCAGUAAAUAUGCCGCCUAUCGUUACCUCUGGUGAUGAUGGUGAUAUCAAAGGGAAUAUGAAUAUUCCUAUGAUGAAUCCAAUUGUAGAAUAUUCAUCGAAUACUGAAAAUAAUCCUGUUACCUAA